AUGACUCUCACCCUUUCUACCUGCACCACAGUGGACAUUGACCACAUCAAGAAAAAGCGAGUGGAGGCAGUGCGGGGACAGAUCCUCAGUAAACUACGGCUGACCAGUCCGCCUCAGACCACUGGUCCAAGUCAGGUACCAUACCAGGUGCUGGCCCUCUACAACAGCACCAAGGAGCUUAUUGAGGAGCUGGGACGGGACAAGCAGCAGAGUUGUGGCCAGGAUAAUACGGAGACCGAGUACUAUGCAAAAGAGAUUUACAAGUUCAACAUGAUCAAUGGUCCUGAGAAUAAUGACCUUCCCUACUGCCCUAAAGGAAUCACCUACAAGGUUUUCCGGUUUAAUGUGUCCAUAAUGGAGGAGAAUGCCACCAACCUCUUCCGGGCUGAGUUCCGCGCUCUGAGGGUCCCCAAUCCUGCUGCCAGGAGAAACGAGCAGAGGAUCGAGCUGUACCAGAUCCUUCAGAAAGACGACCCCAAGGCCAAGCAGCGCUACAUUGGGGGCAAAAACGUCUUAACCAAGGGGACGCCUGAGUGGGUCUCCUUCGAUGUGACGGACACCGUGAGGGAGUGGCUCAUGUACAGACAGACCAACCUGGGCCUGGAGAUCAGUGUCCACUGUCCCUGUCACACUUUCAGGCCCAACGGGGACAUCAUUGAGAACGCCAACGAGGUACUGGAGGUCAAGUUCAAAGGUAUGGAAGAAGAUCUGAGCCAACACAAGGAGCAGAAGGAGCAGCUAUACCCCCACCUCAUCCUCAUGAUGCUGCCUCCACACCGACUGGACACUCAGUCCUCAUCUCGAAGACGCAAGAGGGCACUGGACACCAAUUACUGCUUCAAUAAUUAUGAGGAGAACUGCUGUGUGAGACCACUAUAUAUUAAUUUCCGUCAGGACUUGGGCUGGAGGUGGAUUCAUCAGCCUGAAGGAUACUACGCUAACUUCUGCUCUGGGCCUUGUCCCUAUCUACGCAGCUCUGAUACAACUCACAGCACACUGCUCAGCCUGUACAACACUCUGAACCCAGAGGCGUCCGCGUCCCCCUGCUGCGUCCCUCAGGACCUGGAGCCCCUCACCAUCCUCUACUACGUGGGCCGCUCGCCCAAAGUGGAGCAGCUGUCCAACAUGGUGGUCAAGUCCUGCAAAUGCAGCUAG